AGGACCCCCAAAGGGAAAUCAGUGAGGGCAGCAGGAUUUGUUUUACAUUUUUCCGGCGCGAUCUCCCUGUUGCCUGUGUUUGGAUUUGACAGGUUUUUUUUUUUUUUUUUACAAGAAGCACGUCUGGAAAGAGAAAACGUUUAACACAAAAAUGGAAAUAGAGAGGGAGCUAAAGAAGGUGACGCUUGGCCAUGAGUUUGGUGCUGGAGCCGCCUGUUUGAAAUGCAAGGACAAGUGUGAGGGCUUUGAGCUGCAUUUCUGGAGAAAGAUAUGCCGAAACUGCAAAUGUGGCAUCACAGAGCAUGAUGUGGCGAUGAACUCGGAGGAGAACAAGAAGGUAGGCAAGCUGUUUGAGGACACCAAGUACACCGGCCUCAUCGCCAAGCUGAAGACGGAUGGGAUCCCCAGCUACCAGGGCAACAUGGUGACCAUCACUUUGCCUAGCCCUGCCACUGCUUACACGGUACCACCCAGUGCGACCUCUACUGUUGUGCCCCCUUCUGCCAGAGCCGGCUCUGUAUCCCCGUCUGCCACAGCUGGUUCUGUGUCCCCGUCUGCCACAGCUGGUUCUGCACCCUCAGCUGGAGCCUCUGCAGGUUCGACAGGCAUUGGGGUUCAGGGUCAGGCUCGGGUUCAGCCUGUACCAGCCAGUGCCACACCAGUCAGGGCUAGCAAAGUGCCAGUCACUGUCAGUGCCACAUCAGCCAACGUAGUGCCAGUUCCUAAAGAUGUACCAAUGAAGACUGUCACCUAUGAGUGGGCACCACCAGUGGCUAACAAGUACCUGGCUGUGCGUUAUAUUGAGUUGCUCCCACCAGAGAAACGCCCAGUGGCUGGUACAGAGGGAGCUGCUUACCGUCGGCAGCAGAUGGCCCGACAGCUGCCUGAACACGACCAGGACCCGUCCAGGUGUCAUGAGCUGAGCCCUGCUGAGGUCAAGCAGAUGCAGCAAUACGUUCGCAAGUACAAGGAUGAAGCCCUGGGGGUUGGAGAUGUCAUGCUGCCUGAAGAGAUGGCUCUGGUUCAGGCAGGAGGGCUGGGUGGAUCUGGUGUUGGGGUUGGAGGGGCACCUAGUGCAGGAGGGGCUGAGUUUGGACCUAGAGGUGGUGCUGCUGCUGGGAGUAUUGGUGGAGGUGGAGGUGCUGGCUAUAAACCAGAGGCUGGGGUUGCUGGAGUUGGAUUUGGUUCAGGGCCUGGAGCUGCAGGACCUGGUGUUGGGGCUGGAGGUGGUGGUGGUUUUGGAACUGCAGCUGGUGCAGUUGGAGCUGGUGGUGGUUUUGGACCUGCAGCUGGUGGAGUUGGAGCUGGUGGUGGUUUGGGAUCUGCAGCUGGUGGAGUUGGAGGUGGUUUUGGAACUGCAGCUGGUGGAGUUGGAGCUGGUAGUGGUUUGGGAUCUGCAGCUGGUGGAGUUGGAGCUGGUGGUGGACCACUUUCAGGGCCUGGCGUUGGACCAUCUGCAGGCUUUGGGCCAGCUGGAGGAGCCAUGGGUACCACUGCCACCGCUGGAGCCAUGAGUGUCCCUGGAGCUCAGCAAGCUGGACUACCACAACAGAACUUUUCAUGCCAUCAGUGCCAGCAGCCCAUGCGUAAGGGUGAGCCAGCUGUCUAUGCUGAGCGGGCCGGUUAUGACAAGAUGUGGCACCCAGCAUGCUUCGUCUGCUGUACCUGUAGCGAACUGCUGGUGGACAUGAUCUACUUCUGGAAGAAAGGCAAGAUGUACUGUGGACGGCACUAUGGAGACAGCGAGAAGCCACGAUGUGGAGGCUGUGAUGAGCUGAUCUUCAGUAACGAGUACACUCAGGCUGAGGGUCAGAACUGGCAUCUGAAGCAUUUCUGCUGUUUUGAAUGUGACUGCAUUCUGGCUGGAGAGACGUAUGUUAUGGAGAAUGACAAGCCUGUCUGCAAGCCCUGCUACAUGAAGAACUAUGCUGUGAAAUGCUCAUCCUGCCAGAAUGCAGUGGAGCCCGAGGCCCAGAGGGUUUCCUAUGGUGAUUAUCACUGGCAUGCCGAGCCACAGUGCUUCAAGUGCUCCGGCUGCUCCAAAUGCCUGAUUGGCCAGCGCUUCAUGGCAGUGAAGAACUUCCUGUUCUGCUCUGUGGAGUGCAAGAAGAAAAUCAUGGCUUAAAGGGCCAAGACAAGUCCCUCCUCUUCUUCAUGAUCACUUGCGAAACCAGGAAUCGUACAGAGAGAACACUGGUACAGCUACAAUAGUCUGUUAUGGUUCUUUUAACAGAAAUAGUGCCUGAUCUCUGUAGUAUGAAGAUCUACUGUAACAGUGAAACCGUUUGAAUUCAGGUACUUAUUGUAAGUCCAGAAAGAUCGCAGCACUGAUAUAUCUUGUAGACUCAGAUAGUUUUAAAAAAGGGGGUUUCCACUUUUUUUCCAACCUUAAAUUUCUUGUUUGCUUUUCUUGCACUGUUAUUAUUUACAGAUGAGAUUUCUUUCUUGUUAAACCUGUGACCACUAACCUAUUGCUGGGUUUUUGUUUGUUUUGUUGUUGUUUUUUGUUUUUUGCCACCUUUUUACUACUUUAUAUAAAAACUACUGACAUUCCCUUUCCAUGCAGCAAUGUUACUGUCAGUGUUAGCCAGAUUUGAGCUGGUUGAAAGUAAAUAGUCAAUGUAAUAUCAAACUUGCAGUCUGUAGCUAAAUUUGAAGUUUUGAUGAAUUAAAUUUGUGCUUUCAAUGAGACAUUAAAAGUAAAUUCCUCCAUCUCUGUCUACAAAUGGCAUAUACUGUCUUGUUUUAUUGUCAGCCAGCAAGGUUAUAUCAUAGUAUUUUCAUACUUAUAUCAAGGCAACAAGGUGUUGCAAAUAGCUCCUUAUUAGUUUAUUUGUGGUAUUAAAAACAGGUUUUUCUAAAAUUACUUCUCUCACAUACAACAAAAUACUGAAAUGGUUAAAUUCCUGCCUUUCAAGGUCUUAAUAGGAUCUCUACAAAUAUAGUUACAGCUUUAGCCUUUGAUUGUUCUGCUGUUUCUUCUACCUGGAUGACCUUGGAUGACCCCACAAAUGUCUCAAAGGAUA